UUUCCCGCGAAGGAGAAGCGCGCGUUUUUCCCUGGCCGGGGGUUCGGUUACAACGCUGGCGGCGGGUCUCUGUGUGGGUUGUUCUCACGCGGCCUUCAACAGGAGUCCACCAGGUUCCUGGUGAGCGUGCAGCUAGCCAUGCCCGCGGAGAGGCCUGCGAGCAGCGGCGGGUCCCUAGCUGCAGAAAUGGUUGAACAACCGGAGCCUGCCGUGAUUACCCCAGCCAUGCUACAGGAGGAAGAACAGCUUGAGGCCGCAGGACUUGAAAGAGAGCGGAAGAUGCUAGAAAAGGCUCGCCUAUCUUGGGACAGAGAAUCUACAGAAAUUCGGUAUCGGAGGCUUCAACAUUUGCUUGAAAAGAGCAACAUCUACUCCAAAUUUUUAUUGACUAAAAUGGAGCAGCAGCAAUUAGAGGAACAGAAGAAGAAAGAGAAAUUGGAGAGAAAAAAAUCUAUAAAAGUUGUAAAGGGUAAAACUUCAGUUACUGCAAGUGAACAGAAUCUAGUCAUGAAAAAGAAAAGAGGAAGAGAAGAUGAGUCAUACAGUAUUUCAGAAGUCAUGUCCAAAGAGGAAAUUUUAUCUGUGGCUAAAAAAAAUAAAAAGGAGAAUGAGGAUGAAAGUUCCUCCUCUACUAAUAUCUGUGUAGAAGAUCUUCAGAAAAACAAAGACUCAAAUACCAUAAUUAAAGAUAGAUUGGCUCAAACUGUUAGGCAGAAUACUAAAUUCUUUUUUGACCCAGUUAGGAAAUGUAAUGGACAGCCAGUACCCUUUCAACAACCAAAGCUUUUCACAGGAGGAGUGAUGUGGUGGUACCAGGUAGAAGGCAUGGAAUGGCUGAGGAUGCUUUGGGAAAAUGGAAUUAAUGGCAUUUUAGCAGAUGAGAUGGGGUUGGGCAAGACUGUUCAGUGCAUUGCUACAAUUGCAUUGAUGAUUCAGAGAGGAGUACCUGGGCCUUUUCUUGUCUGUGGCCCUUUGUCAACACUUCCUAACUGGAUUGCUGAGUUCAGAAGAUUUACACCAGAGAUUCCUACUAUGUUAUAUCAUGGAAGCCAGCAGGAACGUCAAAGAUUGGUAAGGAGCAUUCACAGACAGACCGGGACACUGCAGAUUCAACCUGUGGUGAUCACAUCAUUUGAAAUAGCCAUGAGAGACCGAAGUGCAUUACAGCAUUGCUUUUGGAAGUACUUAAUUGUAGAUGAAGGACACAGGAUUAAGAAUAUGAAGUGCCGACUGAUCAGGGAGUUAAAGCGGUUCAAUGCUGAUAACAAACUUCUUUUGACUGGUACUCCUUUGCAAAACAAUUUAUCAGAACUUUGGUCAUUGCUAAACUUUUUGUUGCCAGAUGUUUUUGAUGACUUAAAAAGCUUUGAAUCUUGGUUUGAUAUUACUAGUCUUUCCGAAACUGCUGAAGAUAUUAUAGCUAAAGAAAGAGAACAGAAUGUAUUGCAUAUGCUGCACCAGAUUCUAACGCCUUUCUUACUGAGAAGACUAAAAUCCGAUGUUGCUCUUGAAGUUCCUCCUAAACGAGAAGUAGUUGUUUAUGCACCACUUUCAAAGAAACAGGAGGUUUUCUAUACGGCCAUUGUGAAUCGUACAAUUGCCAACAUGUUUGGAUCGAGUGAGAAGGAAACAGUUGAGCUAAGUCCUAAUGGACGACCAAAACGCCGAACUAGAAAAUCAAUAAAUUACAGCAAAAUAGAUGAUUUUCCUAAUGAGUUGGAAAAAUUGAUCAGUCAAAUACAGCCAGAAGUAGACAGAGAAAGGCCUACUGUGGAAGCGAAUAUCCCUGUGGAGUCUCAAAUAGACUUGAAGCUGCAGAACAUAAUGAUGCUACUUCGUAAGUGCUGUAAUCAUGCAUAUCUGAUUGAAUACCCGAUAGACCCUGUUACACAAGAGUUUAAGAUUGAUGAAGAAUUGGUUACAAAUUCUGGAAAAUUCUUAAUUUUGGAUCGAAUGCUGCCAGAACUAAAAAACAGAGGACACAAGGUGUUGCUUUUUUCACAAAUGACACGGAUGUUGGACAUUUUGAUGGAUUAUUGCCAUUUUAGAAAUUUCAACUUUAGUAGGCUUGAUGGGUCCAUGUCUUACUCAGAGAGAGAAAAAAAUAUGCACGACUUCAACACAGAUCCAGAUGUGUUUAUCUUCUUAGUGAGUACACGAGCUGGUGGCCUGGGUAUUAAUUUGACUGCAGCAGAUACUGUUAUCAUUUAUGAUAGCGAUUGGAAUCCUCAGUCUGAUCUUCAAGCCCAGGAUAGAUGCCAUAGGAUUGGUCAGACAAAGCCAGUUGUUGUGUAUCGGCUUGUUACAGCAAAUACCAUUGAUCAGAAAAUUGUGGAAAGAGCAGCUGCUAAAAGAAAACUGGAAAAGUUGAUCAUCCACAAAAAUCAUUUCAAAGGUGGUCAGUCUGGAUUAAAUCAAUCUAAGAAUUUCUUAGAUCCUAAAGAAUUAAUGGAAUUGCUAAAAUCUAGAGAUUAUGAAAGAGAAAUAAAAGGAUCAAGAGAGAAAAUCAUUAGUGACAAAGAUCUAGAAUUAUUGUUAGAUCGAAGUGAUCUUAUUGAUCAAAUGAAAGCCUCAGGACCAAUUAAGGAGAAGAUGGGAAUAUUCAAGAUUCUAGAAAAUUCUGAAGAUUCCAGUCCUGAAUGUUUGUUUUAAAUUCGAGCUAAAGAAUAGCCUGUUAUUGUUUACAUCUGGUGAUUUACAUAUAUUGGUUUUGAAAUCCAGAUUGUCCACUUGACUUUUUAAACUAAAUCAGUUUACAUAAUGUAAGUAGUGCCCCUAUAUAUGUAAUAGAUUAUAAUUUCCUGAGGCUAUUAAGAACAAAAUUCAUCUUAAGUUUAAAUUUUCAGUUAAAUAUUGAGUCUAGAUAGUACUCUUUGGUAUGGUCUGAUAUAUACUUAAGCAUUGCCAGAUUUAUUCUCAGUCUUCCUGUGGAAGUUUAGUAAAUGCCUUUUACCCCCUUUAUUUUAGCAGUGCAGUUCAAGGGGGUUUGAUACUUCAGUUAUGGAGUAGGCUUUCAAUGGGGGCUUAUUGGAGUUAUCUU